ACCAUGACACCUUCGCCCAGAAAGGACAAGAUCACCAAGUCGCAUCCAGGGAGCUGGAUAUACAACCUACGAAUGGACCUCGAUACCGGCAUUCGGAAAAGCGAGCUGCUUACUCCACCGACCGAAAAGGACCUCAUCACCACCUACGUCCACGCGGCAAACUACGACAGCCUGCGCUUUGUGGGCCCGGACGGCCGUCUGUACAUGUGGGUUGCCCAUGCGCCGCUCAGUUCUGCGAACGGCUCAAGGUACGAUACCAUACGACAUGCGCUCUUUUCGUCCACAUACGGCCAGCACGAUCCCCUCUACGGCGAGAUCGUCGCGGACCACACGUACUGGGACGGCUUCAUCGACUACAACGAAGUGCACGCAGGCAGUUCUUGCCACGGCUGCGGCGCCCUCCCCGACGAAGCCCUCUACAUCCGCUCGCCGACCGUGGAUCCCGCGCUCGUGGUAGCCACACUCCAGAUCCUGAAGGAUUGGGAACUGCAUACACUUAGGAAGCAGAAGCGGAGGGACCCAGAGGGAUUUAAGAUUAGCGAAGAUGCGGCGCGGAAGACAGAUCUGGGGAGGAUGAGGUAUUGGCGGGCGACGGAUUUUGAGGUGAAGAAGGGCCCGCCGGGUGAUGGAGCGGUGCAUGGGACGCUUGUCAAGGCGCAUGAGGCUGCGAGCACCGUAGGAAAUGUGGUGGAGCUCGCGGCGAGCAUUGGAAGUGCUGUUGGCGGCGAUUCGAGACCGGGUGGGGAUGGAGGGGGUGCGGCCGAUGGGGGAGGAGGAAGUGGUGGUGGUGGCGGUGGAGGCGGAGGUGGAGGUGGAGGAAGUUGA